CGCUCGGCUCUUGCUUGAAGUUCCGAUUACGACCCGCCCACAGUGUGACGUCACCGGGUCACCGGGGGGGCGGGGCGAAGUGCGCGCGUGCGGCUCUUGAGAGCCAAAGCCGGGUGCUGAAGAAUGGCUUUGGUCAAGCAAACGUUUGGUAGACUCCUGCUUGGGAUAUGGAGACCGUCUGCCUUCACUCAGCACCUUAGGGACUUUUCUCUCGGAGCAACAAGCUUGGUUAAGUCGCAUUAUUCACCGGUGCCACAGAAGGUCGAUCGGUGGACUGAGAAGCGGGCGUUGUUCGGCAUCUAUGACAACGUUGGCAUCCUCGGAGACUUCAAGAUGCACCCGAAGGAGCUGAUCAGCGGACCCGCGUGGCUGCGCGGCUGGAGGGGCAACGAGCUGCAGCGCUGCAUCCGCCGGAUGAGAUGGGUCGGCAGCCGCAUGUUCGAGGAGGAUAGGCACAACCUGAAGAAGCGCAUUCGCUUCCUGUACAAGCGCUUCAACCGCUACGGCAAGCACCGCUGAGGACGACGCUGCCGGGUGUUGCACUGUCGUCUGUUGGGUCGCCGCCUCGUUCGACAGUCGCCCGACAGUGGGAGUUUUUUUGCGAGCGGCGAUCUGAAGGGAUUGUUCAGCGACAGCGCGUUGGGAGUUUUUUCGUCUCUGUACAUAGGUGCGUUAACGCGCCCUGCGUUGACAUAAUAACCUGGCUUUGUGAAAUGAAACAAUUUACAGUACUCUCCUGCUCGCGUGGUUAUACUGGACGCUCGGAGAUUCAUUUGUGGGUUUGAUUUUUGAUUGUUUAAUGCGAGGAUUAUACAGCCGCAACUUUUUAUGCCUUAAUUGGCUUGAGUUGCGUUCGUUGUCCGUGGUAGGAAUUGUACAGUGAUCGAGUAUCAGCAUCGUAUGUGCCAUUCCCACUUAAUCAGGCACGAUGUAAGUGUUCAAUGCAGUACAAUUCAAAUUGGUAUAUAUAAUGAACAUUCAAAAACAGAUGGUCACUUGAAUUAAAAUCUCAAAUAAAAAUCACUCUUGUGGCUGCAUACCUCGGCUUUGUGUGACAGAAUGUCCAAAGCAAGUUUUGAAGUGUAAUUAAAAUUAUUUUAUUGUUCUUGUCAGGGACACAUUGUUGAUGUUGCUUCUGGACGUUCUUAGUACAAUGUUGCGUUCGGCGAUAUCUCUUGAUUGCUCCUGAUUUAACUUUGUUAAUGGAGCUUUGAACUCAUUGAACACAACCUGGGUAAUUGUUUGCAAAAUGUAGAGCUUCUUACAUUUUUCGUUACAUUCAUUUUCACUGCCCUCGCAUUUGAAUGUGGCAUACGUGCAGUAAUAAGGUUAUGUUGGUCAAAGGCAUGAUUUAACCUCCCUCCCUGAGUGUUGGUGAAGUCACUGAUGUCAAGGGUUAACAUUUAAUGCGAAAUUCCAUUUCUAAAAAAAGUGACCACAACCAAUAGUUAUAAGGUAGGGUGUAGGGGGAGUUUAUAAAGGAAACAAAAUAAUAAAUCCCUCGACAUUUAGUUGCCCCGUGAAAUACCGACGCAGCUCUUGUCAAGCAGGCCGUUAUGUGCCCUGUUCCAACAUGUCUUUGUCACCGUCUUGAUUAUUUUCAUACGAACAGAAUACGUGCAUAUUUGCAUUCUUUAACUGAGCAACUUUCACUUUUUUAAAGGUUAACUUGGGGUUUAAAUGUGUCGGCCUAAUUGUAAGCAAGACGUAUAAACAACGAUUAUUUAUUUUUGGCAGGGUUCAUAUUUGGGCAAAACUUCCUUUAUUAUUCCCUCGUAAUGCAAUGUAGCCGAAAAUGUAACUGUUGAUGAGUUAAUGCUCUCUUAUAUAUACUGUAUGCAGUCCACGUACAUUUUGAUAUGACUGUAAUGCAUAUAUAUUCAUGCAUAUGAGAAAUAAACUGACGAUUGACAUUUUAUUGACAGCACGGUUUAAACUUCAUUUCAGUUAACAUCAGCCCACGUGCUUAACAUUCCCGUAAAAAAGAUAUAUCUCAGAGUUGUUGGAAUUUUAAACAUGAAUGCAUUUUUUUACAUGGCAUAUAUGUGUAAAUACUUGAUAAUGCGCUACACUGCCAUUUGUUUUUUAUUAUUACUUGGCUUAUUUCGGGAAUGUUUUGGGAAAAGGACUGCAUCUGGCCACUGUUUGCCAUCCGUGGCAUGCAACAAUUUCCAAUCAACAGUUUAUUUUUAGCGAGUGAGUUGGCCGCUUUUUCAUGUUACCGGAAUGUUAAUCAGUCGUGGCGUGACAACAUGUGAGUAAAAAAAACUUGUUUUUUUUUAAACAGUGUGACUCUUAAAGCACGUACAUCGUUCCAAAUUUUGAAUUAAAAAACUAUGUUAUAUUGUUGCUCGCACGGUCCAUAUGUGCUCCUGUACUGCAACAUUGAUCACGCCCCAAAUGUCUUGCACACGCUCUCAUUUGCAUUCCUUGCCAGCUUGCAGCCUCGCAACCGGCAAGAUGGAUCGCUGUCCUAAAUGCAGCCGUAUAAUCGAGUGGUCAGCAAUGCUGAGUGGUCAGCAAUGCUGACCACUCAGCCAGAGACCGCUCGGCCAGUUUACUUGAGUUUUACGGUUCAAACGGUGCCCCCACUCGGACUUGCAUGGUUGCGUUAACAAAAUCGCGUUGUCUGCUGUCACGUGAAUGCCCACGUUCUUAUCUGCAAGACUAUAACGUUGUCUCCUGCCAUCUUGACAAAUCCUAAAGUAAAAUAACAACUACGAGUUCUGUAAAUUAAAUAACGAUCAGUUUUCUGUGUGUAUGCUCAAAUCUCCCAGUGCACUGAACACAACACACACAACUGAGAGCUCUUGCUAAAUUAACUGACGAUUUUUCAGACUCGCAAUUGCUUUUAAAUUCCAGAUGCUUUUGGGUUCCCAAAUUCUGACCACAUUUUGUGUCAACGGAAAUAAAUAAUGAGUCCAACCCCACCGAAAGAAGUGUUAAGGAGAAUGUAAUGAAGCUGCUCCUAAACUGCUGUUGCUAGCACUCCCCGAGAUGUAUUUCCACCAGGGGUGUUAAGAUUGAUCUGGUUAAGGUCUGGUGACACAUAAAGCAUUUUGGCACAACGCGAUGCUGGUAACGUACACCCAGCAACAUGCUGUACAUGGAUAGAGGGCCUUUUUUUACGGAGGCAUUGAGAACCAGUCCAAAGUUUGCAAAUUCCCUGUGUCGGCUAUGCAUUGUACAGGUGAUUAGCAAGGCUUGUGUGUGGUUUGAUCAAGUUUUUUAGACGUGGAAAAUUUACACUCCAAAAACCAGGUCAUUUUGCCCCUUCUAAUCCACAGCACUAGUAAUUGCCUGGGGAUUUCUCUACUCUGGGUAUAUUUUAGUCAGUGAUCUAAAAAAAGGAAUGUCCAAUUUGCUCAGAUAAUUGGAAUUCUACUGAAACAAGUUGAGUGCCAGUCCAUUUCAACAUGUCUAGCUUCUAUGAUCCAACUCAAGGUGGAUGAGACCUUGCAAAAGUUUUCCCGUUCAACGUUUCCUUUGUCCCCACACAGCGGAGAGGUGGGAACUUGAUAGUUGUUAACUCGACAGUUAACUCGAUAGUUGUUAACUCGAUAGGUGAGUCGCUUAUAGUUGGACGGGUAUUUUUUUAGGUAUGCCCCAUUGCUUGCAGACCCAAUUUAGCUCGCGUAACAAAGGAGGCGUAAGACAUCUUGUGAAAAGAAAAGGGCAUUUGCCUGCAAUAGCGUGAGAACUGCGUACAGGACGUUCAUCUUUCUCGAUUAACUUGUACUUGGGCAAAAUUAGAUGCAUUACCAAAGCUCUGUACAUCUCAUGUUGGAAUAAACUGUUCCAUGGCAUAUGAGGCUAAUGGUUGAUUUUUCCACGUUUGAUUUACAAUAUUUAGUCUUGGGGUGGGUGAAUUCUAGAUUUUUUUCUUUGCUUUUAAUGUGCAUACUAAAAUGUUAAUUUAGAUGCUCUGCUCUACAGAUGGCAUUACACAAAGCUGUACAUUAUUAAGAAGUAGAUGGGUUCUUAAGCAACCAACAAAAUGUUUUAUUUCCCCUCAUUAUAUACAAGAUGCCUUUAUGCGUGCCACGAUAUACAACACUGAAGUUUAAAUCCAUUGUGAAAACAAAGCGUUUAGGAUAAUUUAAUGAUUGUUUUGGUUGGCCGUGUUUCAGUUGUGAAAAAGUACCAGUCAUGCUUGUGGGAUGGGUGUGUGUUUUUUUUAAAUGAGCUGUCAAUAACUGAAAGCUUCCCUGCUGAAAAAGAGCAAACCCGGUUUGACAGGAAAGCAACUCUGGCAUCCAACAUCACCACUUCACGAAUGACUUUGUCCUUCCAUAGUAGCCAGAGAUGUGUCAUCAUCAUCAACAGCCAUUGUCGAUCCACUGCUGGAUGAAGACCUCCGCCAAAUCGCGACCACCUCUCUCACACAGUGCUGCCAUGAAAUAAUCCACCCAGCACUCGCGCAUGACCUGUCUUCGUUACUCCAUCUCCUCAACGGACGAAUCUCGAGGCUUGGCUACGACUUCGUUGUAAUUCUUGGCGAUCGGUGAUCUUCCCUUCCAGCCAUGAUGUGUCCUGCUGAAGUCCAAUUUUGCUCACAGUUUGACGUUAUUAACCUGCGUGCUCCAUAUUAUUUCAAUCAUGUAUCUGUCCAUGCUUUGUGCACUUCCAUUUUCGUUUGAUGUGUUUCUUGACUGACCGUGUUUCAUAAAGCAUAUAUCAUAACAGGUAGUAUGCAAAGAGUAAAUGGGAGAUAGAUGCUUUGUCUUAUUUCCUUGCAAGUAAUCAUAGGCCAAGCAAGUCAUGAAGUUGCUGCUUCAGUGAACAUACACGUAAACUACCAGGUAAAUCAAGAACAGCCUUUUUUAAUUAUCAUUGUUUAGCCAACCUUAAGGGGGGGGGGGCAUAACUGGGCCAAGGGUCAGAGGCAGGGAUCAGUCGGGAAGCUCCUGGAACCUGCAUGAGAGUUCUAGAAGGGGGGCGUGGCCAGAGGCGGGGCUUGGCCACACUGAGGAGUAUAAAAGGGGGAGGUAACCGGAGGUUCGGGGCUGUCGUGGCGGUUCGGGUCCUGGCUGCCGUCGCUGUCUUCGCCGUCAUCUCUUCAUCAUCGCCCGGCCGCGUGGCCGAUCCGCUGUACGGUCCCCAUCGUCGUCGCUGUAUUAGUCAGCCAGCUGUAUAGUUAGACGCUGGCGAUGUGGCUGUAUGAGGGGGUCAGCUCUACGUAGCCCAGUGUAUAUGUCGCUCAGUGACUGCCUGUAAAGUGUGAUAAAUAAACAAGGAGC